CAUGUUACUUCCGGUUUAGUAAAAACGACAGCAUGCGCGCGUUCUAUGCGCAGUAGAGUCGUCAGAACUCUAUUUCCCAAGGUGCUUUGCGGCGGUUAUGGAGCGAAAACUCCCGGUGGCUGGGAUAAUACCUGAUCGCGGAGGUGAGCCUGGAGUAAAUGUCUGCUGAAUUAAGCCAUCAUAAAUUAGAUGUAAAGAUGACCUGAGGACAGGCAUUGGAUCACAAAAGAAAGAGCCAGCAUAUGCAUUUGGAAGACAUGAUAUGGCUCCAUUGAUGAUGUCCUCAGUGAUCUCCUUGGUGAUGAUGAUGACAUUCCCCCCAAAUCUAGCAAACCUGUUUCAUUUGGUAGCAGUGGAGGGAGGCCCAGAGGAAUCUCCUCACAGACUAGCACAAAAGGCCUUCUGGAGGAUGACUUCUUCAGCAAAAUGGCUCUUGAGGAAGGGGCAGAUGCAGAGGUGAGAGGAAAUGCAAGAGUCCUCAUCAUUUCUGCAUGGAGCCUGAUGUCUCAGAUGUAGACCCAGAAGCUCUUUUGGAGACCUUGAAGGAUAUGGAUGACAUGGAAGCUGACCUUCUGGGCUUAAGGAAAACACGCUCUGGGCCUCUUCAGAAACCUGUGAAAGAUAGGGAGAAAGCUCAGCCUUUGACUGAGCCAGCAAGAUCGGCUAAGGACACAUCAGUUACGGGAAAAGGAGAUGCUGUAAGCGGAAUGGACAAGAAUCCGAGCUCUGCUCCCAUCACCUCAAGACAGGUGAAACAGAAGUUCUCCUUUGAAGAUAUUGAUGACCCUUUGGCUGGCCUUUUGUCUGAUGAGGAAGAGGGCACAGUGAAGAAGAUACAUUCCUCUGUCACCAAAAGUACUCCAGAAGCAAGUGCUGGGAUCGCCAAAGAAAAAGGAACAUCUCUGUCUUCAGCUCCCAGCCAUCCUAUUGCCCCUGAACGGAAAAGGGAGGAGUUAAUAUUUGAGGAUGAUGGGGACGAUCUCAUGGAUGCUCUGGGGUUUGGUGACAGCUCAAAGACAGAACUGAAACCUAGCAGAAAGGGUGAAGACAGAGAGGACCCUCGUCCUGCCCGAUCCAUGCUGGAUGAAUUGCUGGGACGAGGAACAGCCGCAAAACUCUUAGAGCGUCCAAGCACAGGAGAACAUAGGGAGUUCAAACUUGAUAAGAAAUAUCAAAAGCAGCCAGAUAAGGAAGACCCUUUGGAUGAUGAGUUUAUGUUUGGAGCCUACCAACCCACUGUGGCCUCCAUUCCAGAGGGACGGCAGUCAAGAAGACAGUCUGUCAGGUUUUCCUCAGAGAACCUCAGCGAGCUGAAAACAGACCAGAGAUCAAAACCUUCCACUCCAGCAUCUUCCAGCCCCAUACGGAGCAAGACUGGAGCUGAUUGGCUAGGGCUCAAAGACGAAGAUUUUGACUUGCCUCCUUCAUCUCCACUAAAGGAAUCCAGCAAGACCACUGUAAGAGGAGGCAUUCUGGAUGUGUCAUCUGGCCCUUCUGAUACUGAUCGCCCUAUUCCAACUGGUCAACUCCCUUCUAGAUCCAAACCAGCUGCUGAAGAAAAAACACUGAAGCCUGAAAUAAUGAAGGAGGAGGAUGGAGACAGCUGGCUGAGUAAUGUCUUAUCUCAAAAGAAAUCUCAAGUGCAAGAGAAAGUGAAGAGACCUGAGCCUUCAGACCCUCUGAUUCAUGGACAUGAGGUGGAUGCCAUUGCUCUUACUAGCCAACCUACUUCCUCCACACGACAGCAUCAGCAGUCUGUUGUCCCAACAGAUAAGCCUGCCAGAGUGGAAGAAUCAGGGUCUUCCAUACCUUGGUUAAAACCUCAGGAACAAAUCACUCCUGCUUUUGCAUCUGAUUCCAGGAGAGGGGCUCCUCUUGGAGACACUAGCAAGGCAGCACCUGCAGCUUCCCUGCAUGAACAUCAAGAAAUCCUUAGGGCUCCUACACACACCCAGCCCUCUACCUUUUCUCAGCUGCUACACUUGGAACCCCAUGCACUGAGCUUGCCAAAUACCAGUGAGUAUGAGAAAAGAUUGGCAGGUGUGCAAGUGCAGUUGCGAGAGAGCAUGGCAAGCUACCAGGCAGAGCUGCUAAGUGCCCAGACUCGCCUCACUGAGCUGGAAGGUCAGGUGCGGCGGCUAGAACUGGAAAAGGCUCAGCAGAAUCUGUUGCUAGAAAGUCUUCAGCAGAGUCAUCAAGAGGACUUGGAACUCAUUGAGAAUGCUCACAGGAACCGUGUGAAGGUGAUUGAGGACUCGUACCAUCAGCGGGAGGAGCGCCUCCGGCGAGAGAACCAAGAGUUGGCAGAGCAAUAUCUAUCCCGCUGCCAGAGUGCAGAGCAGGCCAAAUCAGAGCUGCUUGCCCAGCACCAGCGUCGACUCACAGAGCUGGAGCAGGAGAAAGCCAAGGAGUUUGUUCGGCUGCAGGAGCUUCAGCGGAUGUCCAUCCAGGAAAUGCGCAAAGACCAUGAAGAACAAUUACAACGACUGAAACAACUGAAGAAUCAGGAGAUUGAUGCAGUGACCAGCGCCACCUCUUACACCAGAUCACUGAAUGGCAUCAUAGAUCAGAUGGAGAAGUUUUCCAGCAACCUGAAUGAUCUCUCCUACAAAGUGGAGGCCACUCACCAGACCACAUCGCAAGGGCUUGAGAUUGGGGCCCGCCAAAGGCAUGAACAACUCAGAGUGCUGCAAGACCGCCUGACCCAGCAGCAGAGAGACAUGGAGGAAGAGCGAAGCCGACUGCAAGAGGUCAUCUCUAAGAUGGAGGCCAGACUGAAUGAGCAGACCCGGCUUCUGGAGCAGGAGCGCUGGAGGGUGACAGCAGAACAAUCCAAAGUGGAAUCUCUACAGCACUCGCUGGAGGAACAGAGAAGGGUCAUGACUCAGCAGUUGACUAUGGAGCGGGAAGAGCUAGAGAGGGCAAAGAAUGCUUUGCUUGAGGAGCAGAAGUCAGUCAUGCAGAAAUGUGCCGAGGAGCGACGUAAACUUGCUGCAGAGUGGUCGGAGAUCCACACCCAACAGAGGCUGAGCAAGGAGCGUGCAGAGCGAGAAAUUAACCGGGCUCUGGAGAUAGACUGCCAAAGAGAAGGGGCCAUCAUGAGCCUUGCAAAGGAGCAAGCAGACCUGAAAAUCAAAGCCAAUGACCUGAGAUCCAAGGAGGAGCAGUUGGCUAGAGAUCGGGAGAUUCUGGAGCAAGAGAAGCAGGAACUGAGACUGGAAAAGGAAAGAGUCAAUGCAGCAGCCUUGCACAUCAAACAAAGGGCAGAGGAAAUCAACAGUAUGAGCAAGCUGUCCUCCCAGAAAUAUGAAGAAGGAGAGAAAGCCCUCCUGGAGGCAAGGCAGGUGGAGUCAGAGCAUCAGGCUCGGCUGCGUGCUGUGCAGCAACAGAUGGAACGACUCCGGCAGCAGGAAGAAUUUCUGCACCAGGAGCGCCUGAAUUUAUCUCAUCAGAGGAGGCAACUUGAACAGCUGCGGGAGGGAUUUCCAAGCAGUCCAUGGGUAUUCCGGACUAUGCCCCAGGCACCACGGUCAGGAGCUCAGGCCAUCAAAAUCUCCAACGCACACAGUCCUGUUAAGGAUCUCUCUAAAGUCAACCCUGGCAACACUGGAGCCUUUCAGGGCCUCCUGCGAUCAGGACCAGCAGACCUUUAUGCCAAACUGAUGCUGCAUAAGCUUACAGCUGAGAAGGAUCGUGACUUCUUGGAAGAAGAGCAGUUCUUCUUGGAAACCUUGAAUAAAGCUUCCUGGAAGUCUUCAUUCCAGUCAGUGUGAAAGUUGGCUGGAUUGAUUCUGUCUCUAAUAAAGAUGGAUUUUGUUGUUUUGGA